AUAUGUCAAUCCAGACCAGAGUAAGCGACUGCCCACGUUUGUCGAAUCGUUGAACUUUGCACCUAAUUUAUAACAAUUUCGAUCUGUUAACUUUCCACGACAUGUCUACUCAAAUGGCAACUGAUCUCUCUAAAUCCGCUAUUACCGAAAACACCAUGGUUGGGUUCAUUGGUGCAGGACGAAUGGCACAAGCCAUGGCAAAGGGCUUUAUUUCAUCCGGUUUAGUUAGAGCGGGUAAUAUAACUGCUAGUGAUCACAAUCAACAAUGUCUACAAAUAUUACAGGACUUAGGAGCCAAAACAACCCGGGAAAAUCAAGAAGUUGUCACAAAAAGCGACUUAGUAGUUCUAGCUGUCAAACCACAUAUAGUGAAACCAGUUUUAAGAGAGGUCGCACCCAUAGUAAAAUCAGAUACACUUUUUGUUUCCAUAGCAGCAGGAGUCACAAUAGAAAGUAUAGAAUCAAAUUUGCCAGUGGGGACAAGAGUUGUUCGUGUUAUGCCAAAUACUCCAGCAUUAGUGUCUGCUGGAGCCUCUGUGUUAACAAAAGGAACGACGGCUAGUGAUACAGACAGUAAAUUAGUUAAAGCAUUAUUAUCGAGUAUAGGAAUAUGUGAAGAAGGCUCUGAAAGUUAUCUAGAUGCUGUUACAGGACUAAGUGGUAGUGGACCUGCCUAUGCAUUCGUAGCUAUAGAAGCUAUGGCUGAUGGUGGGGUUAAACAAGGCCUACCACGAGAUUUAGCUUUGAAAUUAGCAGCCCAAACAUUAUUGGGUGCAGCAAAGAUGGUGUUAGAAACUGGCAAACAUCCAGGCCAAUUAAAAGAUGAAGUUUGUUCACCAGGGGGAACUACAAUUGCUGCUAUAGCUUCAUUAGAAAAAUCUGGAUUUCGAGGAGCUUUAAUUGAUGCCGUAGAAGUUGCAACAUUAAGAGCUCAUGCUCUGGGUGCUACAAAAUAGAAUUUUAUCAGAUUAGUUUGUUUUUUGUUCGAAUGUGAUUAAAAACUAUUUAAUAUUUAACAAAAAAAGUAUUGCAUUAAACGUAUCAUCUUUAUUUUGAAGAAUAGACAAUACAGGUGGCACAGGGCUUCCACUUCAAAAUUUUGACUGUCGGACAUUUUUGUUAACGCAAAUGAAAUUCAUAUUUCAUGUGUUUUUAUUUUAUUAUUCAUUCACGGGUCUAUACCAUGUUGUCAGUAUGGUGUACAUAUAUUUAACAAAGGAAUACAAUUUUAGUAUAAUAAUUAUUUAUUGAUGAAAUAUGCCUUUUUGGCUCUUUAUGUAAUACAUAAAUUCUACUGAGCUUUCUUCUGAACGGAAAUCUUUGUCAGUAUUUCUCUUCUGCUCAUCAAGUGGGGAACACAAAAUUGUACUAUAUUAAAAUGAAUAGUUCUGGGAUUAUAAAUUAACAGGAACCAGUUAUUUUUUUAAGACCAAUUUGUAAUGACAUAUCAGUAUUUUUAUGUAGCAUCAUAAACAAUAGACCAAUCCUCAGUGCCACUCUGUCAUUCUGAAAUAAUUCCUCUAAAAAUAUGAAAAGUGCGAAAUAAGAGGAGCAUUGAGGAGAUUGUUUUAGUCCAAGCCAUUGGAUUGAUUUAGCAUUACAUUAUAUAGUCUUUUGAAAACCAUACCAUAUCCUCAUAAUAACUAACAAUUCUGGAUGAUUCUUCAAUCAUUUAAGUAUGACAAUGAUAAUAAUUCAACUACAUACAAGCGCAGUGGAUGACCAAAGUAUCUGCAACUAUGUUAGAUGAGCUAGAUAAAAUUAAAUGAGGUUUAACUUCCUACUUUUUUGUACCGAGACAGCUUAAAAAAAAACUGACCUAAAUGAUUUAAUGUUUGCUUCCACAGAGGUGAUAUCGCAGACAGUCGUCCAUCUAAUGUAAAUAAGCCUUAUUAUAUUCAUACAAUUAGUUAAUCGAUAAGCUCAAGUAUUGACAUAAAAAAUAAUAUACCAAAAAUGCAUUAUGUAAGAUUUAGAUGAAGUUCUGGCUGUUCUUGCUAUAAUAAUAGAUACCGGUAAUGAACCAGCGGCUGCCAGGCAGGGUACGCCCACAUUUUCGAGAGAUGGAUAGAAAACAAGCUAAAACGAAAGUGAUUUUUCCUACAAUCAAGGGCCAUAAUUCAGGAAAUUACAAUUCGAUAUGCUCAAAUAUCGAAAGGAACCAAGAUCUUUGAGUUAUAAACUUACAUUUCAAGUUUCAACAAAAUCGGAUAAAAAUUGUGACCUCUAUAGGGUCCACAACCUUGAUAUACCAUAUUUUUACGCAAUUUGAGAACGAGGGGCGGCCAUUUUGGGCCGAUUUUCACGAAAUUUGAACUCAGUCUUCCUUAGGGUGUAAUGGUGAUAUAAUAAUACGUUUUUUUUAAAUCGGAUAAAAAUUAUGACCUCUAUAGUGUCCACAAGCUAAAAACGCGAUUUUUCGUACAACCAGGGGCCAUAAUUCAGUAAGUUACGGUCCGAUAUGCGCAAAUAUCGAAAGGAACCAAGAUCUUUGGGUUAUAAACUUACAUUUCAAGUUUCAACAAAAUCGGAUAAAAAUUGUAACCUCUGAUAUACAAUAUUUUUACGUUAUUUGAGAACGAAGGGCGGCCAUUUUAUCUGUCAGUUUUUGGCCGAUUUUCACGAAAUUCGAACUCAGUCGUCCUUAGGGUGUAACCGUGAUAUAAUAAUAUGAUUUUUUAAAUCGGAUAAUAAUUAUGACCUCUAUAGGGUCCACAAGCUAAAAAUGUGAUUUUUCGUACAAUCAGGGGCCAUAAUUCAGGAAGUUACGGUCCCAUAUGCGCGAAUAUCGAAAGGAACCGAGAUCUUUGGGUUAUAAACUUACAUUUCAAGUUUCAACAAAAUCGGAUAAAAAUUGUGACCUCUACAGUGUUCACAAGCCAAAAACGUGAUUUUUCGUACAAUCAGGGGCCAUAAUCCAUGUAGUUACGGUCCGAUAGAUGCUAAUAUCGAAAGGAACCGAGAUCUUAGGGUGAUAAACCUAUAUUUCAAGUUUCAUUGAAAUCGGAUAAAAAUUGUGACCUGUAGACUGUUCACAAACAAUUGUGGACAGACGUCCGGACAGGGGCGACGACAAUAUACGUCCACAUGAAAAUGUGGGCGUAUAAAAAUGAAUAUUAUUGAAAAUUACUGGAAUAUUCCAGGUGAAGUUAUAACAGUUUGAAGUUUUGGCAAGAAAUUGCUGAUUGUCAAGUGCCAUGAUAAUAAACAAAGUUUUCAUUGGCAUUUUCUGUCCAUUUUAAUGUUAACCUAUUAUAUGAAGCCAGAAAAAAAAAAAACAUGCAAUAGGAAGAUUUCGCUCUUGCAUAAUGCAUCUUUAAUUUUAAAAUAACUUCAUACUAACCAGUUUGUACAAAAAAUAUAUCGAACAAUUAAUGAUUAUUGUGUUAGUAUGCAUGUUAUGAGGAUUAAUAUUUUAACACAAAAGAAACAUUUUAGAACAUGGCCCAAUUACCUUCUGGCAAAAUCAUUUAAGUAAGUAACUUAACUGUGCAAGGCUGGGUAACUAAGCUAGUAAAAAAUAAAGAUUAACUAUUUAUUUAAGAUUAAGCUAUUCUGUAGUCAUUUAUAAAUCAUACAUGGGCAAUGAGCUGAAAAUGUAGAUGUUUAUAUAUAAACAAAUGUUUAGGUUUAUUUGUCUGAUAAACAAACUACCGGUAUGUAUAUUGCCACUUAUAAGUGACCUUUUCUCUGAGGAGCUUUGAACGUUAAGGACACAACAAAACGGGGAUCUCAGAAUUGAUUUAACAGCAGUUUAUUCAGUUGUAACUGAUCAUAUGAUGCAGUAAUUUAACAGAAUCUCGUUUUAAAAGUAAUAUUCACAUCUGACAUUUUCUGCUAAAUGUUUUGUGAAUGUGAUGUUAACUGGUAACACAAAAAAAAAAAUAAUUACUUUGCCCUAAAAAUAUACACAUCAUUAAUGCAACAAGAGAUAAUAUUUUCCAAUGUUCAUAGAUCCACUGCAUUUGAAUUGAUUAUAAUAAAUUAUAUUUAUGUUAGUAAAAAGGAUACAUGUUUUUCAUGUCAAACAAUUGAAGAGGAACAAAAUAAAAAUAUAUUUUGAAAUGAAA